AGCAUAAAGGGGCUCACUAAGCAGCAUUCAGUAGUGUGACAUCAGUAAGGAGCUCUGGGUGUGUUUUCUGUGAAUGGGCAGUAUUGCUCUUCUUUAACAGGGGGAAAACAAGUGGGAGGGCCGUAUGCUUUGAAUGACGGCACUCCUGCCAACCCCCUCUUCGUCUGCAUUCGCCUUCCUUCUCCCACAGCAACACGGCAAGAGAGAGCGGACAGGCAGGGCGACAGAAACGAACAGACGGAAGAGAAGACAAAGGGAAGCAGAGGCAGCACUCGGCUUGGGUCUGGAUUAACCCUUUCCCUUCACUUGGAGUUGCUGGUUUGUUUGGGUUUUUUUUGGGGGGGGGGGUGUUCUGAUUUUUUUCCUUUCCCCUCCUUUGUCCUGGUGUUUUGUUAUGGCACACUGUCAUCCGUACAAACAGGAUAAAUGGCUGGUAUGAGUGAGUGUGCCCCUGAAGGAAUGAUGAACUGAUGGAUGAAGAGAAGUGGAAGACAGGAACGUGUUGGCUUUUCUCAUGGAGAUUGUGUUCUCUGAUUCCUUUCUUUUUACCAUCUUUUGCAUUAGUGCUCCGUUCUCUCCUGCUCCUUUUGCUUCACUGAGCCAGGCUUUUGUUUCUCGGACAGGGAUUUGUGCUGGUCUAUUUUUUUUCCUCUGUCAGUAACCCCCUUUAACCCAGUCUCCCCCCCAACCCUCAUUCUUCAGCUAAGCUAAAACCAGAUGACACCAGGCUCGGCUAAUCGCUAGCCACCACAACAGUAUAGAGAUUCUGUUCAUCGCAAGUUUGUCUUUUUGUGUGUGUGUAUCAAUCCAAGUACUGGGACAGACGAUGUUGAUGGAUUCGGUGUGACCCAGGAAGGAGAGGUGUGGAUGCAGUAGUGGAGGUGGGACUCAUUGACACUCUCACAACCAAAUCUGUGGAUUUUUGGUCUUGUCAGCUGUAACAUAACCAUGAGGGAAUUUGGUCAACGCAGGAGUAGGAUUCUUCAUUUCACAAAAUGGUGGUUUUAUGAUUUUUAUUAGCUAAUUUUGUAACAUCAACGGCAGAAGAAUGGAAUUUACGUGAGGAGCUGGGAUCUCACAUUGGGUCAGGCAUUGGGCCCAAAUACUCGGUUACUCGCUGAAAAAUUACAAAAAACAUUUUUAACUGAGGUUUUGUAGAUAGCUGUAGUAUCGAUCCAGUCAGUGGUGGUAACGAUGAAGAAGACGAGCUGCAGCGCGCUGAGGCGGGCCUGGCCCAGCUCCGACCUGCCACCAGCCGCCUCUGUAGAGCCUCAUAGGAGCCGACACUCCUGCAGCGAGAAGGACUACAGAAUCCACAAACACAGCAAGCGGAGCCACUACCCACCACAAUGUCUGUGUCCCAGUUCAGCUGCAUACAUACAUGCAGGUGAUGUGUCACCCAUCAGUAUGUCCCCCAUCAGCCAAUCACAGUUCAUCCCUCUGGGAGAGGUACUGUUAUUGGCUAUCUCUGCUAUGAACUCCGCCCAUAAGCCUGUGACUCAGGAGGCUCUGACUGAACACCUUCAGACAUGUUUUCCAGGUGUUCCUACGCCAACAGAAGAGGUCCUGCACCACACACUGAGCAUGCUGGUUCGUGAACGGAAGAUCUACCCAACACCAGACGGAUAUUUUAUUGUAACACCUCAGACUUACUUCAUCACUCCAAGCCUAAUUCGCACUAGUUCCAAGUGGUAUCACUUAGACGAGCGAUCUGCUGACCGACACCAACAGCAGCAGCAACAACAACAACAACAGCAGCAUCAGAACCAACAACAGCAUCAGCAAACACAGUGCACCUCACCCCUCUCUGGCACCAUCACUCCGUCCACCUCUGGAGGUGUACGAGAUCGAACACACCCAAAGGCCAACCAGAACCACAGUGGGGGAGGUGGAGUUGGAGGAGAUUCUUUCUACAAUUACCGUGGAGAAGACCCACCCAGCCACCACACCACCUUGCAACGGCGAUCUCCCAAAGACCACCGGGAAGCAUACUCAUCUCCACAUUCCCCACAAACGCCUCCUCAACAAGCAGGAGGCAACACAGAAAAGAGCCGUAGCACCCUCAGUUUCCCUUUCAAGACGGACACGUUAACCAAACACCGAGGAGGUGGUGGUGGCAGUGGUGGCGGGGUAGGAGUUGGAGGAGGAACAGAGAUAGAUAAGCAGACAGGUGGAGGAAGUGGCAUGGGAAGUCGGAAGUUUGGCCUUAAGUUGUUCCGUCUGAGCUUUAAGAAGGACAAGGCCAAGCAGCUGGCCACCUUUUCUGCACAGUUCCCCCCUGAAGAAUGGCCUCUCCGCGAUGAGGAGGCACCUAGCCAACUGCCACGUCAUGUGGAGAUGGAGAUCAUCCGCAGAAUCAACCCUGACCUCACCGUGGAGAACCUUGCUCGGCACACAGCAGUAAUGAAGCGACUUGAAGAAGAGCGUGCUCAGAGGAGUAAAGCAUCAUCAGCCAAUCAGAGUUCCAGAAGUCGAAGGAGUGGAGGCAGACACAGGAAGCCGUCUCAGACUAAACUAAGCCGCUCGCAUAGUAAGACAAGGGCGUCCCGUGGUGAGCCCAGCGAUGGUUCCCAUCUGGAGUUGACUGACAGGGACUACAGAGCCUACUCAUCUUCACUAGCUCGGUCACCGAGAGAGCAUGCCCUGGCCAUGGAACGCCAGCGAGCCCGUCUUCACCUUGCGCACAGUAACCCCAAUAUCCUCGAUUCAUCCCACCUGCCUGUCACACCAGAGUGGGAUGUGUCCGGUGAGCUUGCCAAACGGAGGACGGAAAUGCCUUUCCCAGAGCCUAGCCAUGGUCCAUCAGCCCAUCACUCCAAAGUCCAUCGCUCACACUCCCAUACCCAGGAGAGGAAGUCCAGGAAUGAACGCAGCGACAAGGCAAAGGAACGGUCCAGAUCCAUGGACAAUUCCAAAGGACCUCUUGGAGCUGGGCUGAUGGGACCACCCAAUUAUUAUGAUGACCGGAGCCGCUACUAUACUGACGAUGGAACCCUGCGAGCCAAUCAGAGCUCCUCCCAUUAUUCUCGUACCACACCCCCUUCAACUAAGCUGCCUGGGGACUCGCUGGGGCUGGAUGGGGGCCGCAGCUUGGAGAAGAGUAAGAGCAGGGACAGCCUGCCAGCUUACUCACCCAAACCACUGGCCAGCUCUGUCCCUGUCCCUGAUGAUUACUUUCAAUGCUCUGGUUCCUCUGAGGCUGUUCUCACAACAGCAACCCCACUGGGAACUUUGGCCAAGAGUAGCCAUGAUGGUUUAAAACUGGGCAGCACUGACAGGCAACUUGACAGACAGACACCUCAUCCCCCCGAAAAUAAAGAGGACUUGGCCAAGAUGGGACCUAAAGGUGGCAGCUUGCCUCCAAUACCUCUGUCUAUUCCCGAAUCCCCUCUUCCCAAUGGACGACCUCCCCAUAGUGCCUCCUCUGGUCAGGAGAAAUGUAAGGAGAUCUUUAGUAAAGACACACUCUUCAAACCUCCUCCUAGUCUCCCUUUGCCUGGCUACAGUUCCCUGAGAAAACCUCCCACCCUUGCCUCUACCACUUUGUCAUCAUCCUGCGAUGCACUUGAUUCCCAAGAGGCUUUUGAUGCCCCUAAGCCUCUGGUGGCUACGUCUUCUGCUCCCCCACAGGGAAUUGAACCCACUACAAGUGCUGCAGAGGCCUCCUUCGAUUACUAUAAUGUUUCUGAUGAUGACGAACUUGACGAGGGAGGUACUAAAGGGCGGGGAGAGAAUGAAAAGGCUGGAGGAAGUGUUGUUGGGAUGGGGGGAGGGGGUACAGGGACCAUGCAGUGGCUGCUGGAGAGGGAGAAGGAAAGGGACCUACAGAGGAGGUUUGAAAGGACCCUCACCUUCCCUGGUGCUAAAGAGAACCUUCCAGAACCUAGUCCGAAUCAGCAGUCAGCCCACUCUGCCAGACUGGACAGUAUGGACUCCAGCUCUGUGACUGUUGACAGUGGAUUCAACUCGCCACGCACAAGGGAGAGCCUUGCAUCGAACACCUCUUCCAUAGUGGAGAGCAAUCGUCGGCAGAACCUGGCACUGAGCCCCGGCCACCUUGGCAUCACGACGGCCAACGGUCCCCCUUUCUCCUUCCGUGCGAUCACAGAACCUGCCGGUACCCAGGCAGAAAAACUCCAAAAGCCCAACGCCUGCCUUGCUUCAAUCACCAGCGUCUAAGGGAAGGAACACUUAAAAAGGGCUGGGGCAUUGCUCCAAGAGCCAAUGGGCAGGCGGGCAGGCAGGUGGGCAGCAGGGGCAGUGGGGAGGAGUCAGAGAAUAAGAAUACCCCCUCCCCCAAAAGGACUGUUAUACCUUUAAACCAACAGACUGACUGAAUCAGUGGAGCUGCCACAGGCCCAACAUGGAGCUAUAGCUGUUAACAUAACCCACACACAGAUAUGAACAGAGGAAUUUAGGCCACCAGGAAACUGUUUUUUCUCACACACUUGUAAACACCAGGCCACUGGGCGGACUCAGACCAUGUCAUUCUACAGCCUCUAGUUUACACACUGCUGUUGUGUUGUUUCACUUAUGUGUGUGUAUGUGUGUGAGUGUGUGUGCGUACUAUUUGUGUACUGUGCGGGUUAUGUGUGCAUAAUCUGUAAUCUCAGGUCAUGUUAUUCUCCCUCCCAUUCCAGCUGCUCCAGAUCAAGCAUCUUUUUUCAAAUGCUGUCUGCUGGUAUUACACACUGAAGAGAUGUGGCUCUGCUCGCUACUGUUACUGAUGGUACACACACGCCGAUCCAGCUCCCGCUUUCUUACUUAUCUAUGCUUCUCCACAUUUAUUCAUGCCAUGCUAUGAGUGUCUAUGAGUUCAAACCCCGAACCAUCACCACGAAAAGAGACGGUGGAGGCAUAUGGGCUUGUAUGAAUCGUAAAGCCUCAUGUAGAAUAAUUUGUAUGAUCUGUUGGACGCCAUGAUGUCCAUCUCACCUACCUGAACAGUGCUGCCCAAGUAGCCAAAAGAAGAUGGUUUAUCAGAAAAUCCUCAUAACUGCUGGUGGACAUUUGACAAGCAAUAGAACAUGUACAAAACUUAUAAUGAAAUGUUUUCUCAACAUCAAAAUCUGCAAUGGUAAAAUGAAGUAAUACAGCAAACCAUUGUAUGUUUUUAAAUAAAAGAUAAUUAUUAUUAUAGCAAUGUAAAAUACAUAAUCAGAUUAUUUUUUAGGUUUUAAGUUGUAUUUUAAAAUACAACUUUACCAAUAUCACUAAAACUGAUCGGUCCACCCCUUGUUCAGGCAGUAUCAGUGUUGACUUCAGUCAUGAAAGUCGUGAUUAUGAAUCUGCUUCCUGUUUUAUUCAUUUUUAUUUUCAUGUCCGCCUGAUGUAGCAGCAUCGUGUGUCAAAUUUAUGUCAGACAAGAAAUUCAAUGAAUAGUCAUUUACACAAUUUCACCACUGACACUGGCUGUGUUUUGAUAAUAAUAAUAAUAAUAAUAAUAAUAAUAAUUCUGAGAUCAUGUUAAGUGAAUUGGCAGUAAACUUGAAAUGUUGCUAAAAGAUAAGACACAUUUGCAUUUUCUGGUUUGGGCUGAAGACAUGAUGCCAUGUGGUCAGCAGAUGGUGCCACAGGCUACAUUACACAGGGCUAUAAUGCACAGAAUAAAAGUAGAGAUUGGUAACUGACAAGAAUUAUUGGCACUUCCUCACUGGUCCACACUACCUGUUGAACUAGCAGACAUGUUUUUGGACUUCUGAAAAUAUCCGAAAAAAUGCUGGAGCUACUGUUGUUCAGUUGCUGUGGUUGCUUUUUCUUAAUUAGCAGAACUUUUUCAAAAAAUCUUUCUUCUUUAGUUGUUUUCAGAGUAGACACCGUUCUAUUAAAUAUACUACUUAGUGUCUCAGGAGUUUUACAAGCCUCCAGCACAUUUUCACUGUACCCUCUCUUUCUAUAACCAAAGCUCCUGUUCUUGACUGGAGACUCUCAUUAUUCAUGUAGAUUUCCAAAUUGAAGGAGAUAGACAUAAGAAUGCAAUAAAAUUCUUAAAACAACGCUUAAUAAUACAGAGGACAAAGCACCUCAAAGACUAAAGAGUGAAAUGGUAAAAAUAUGAAACAAUAAAAAACUGUCUUGUAUUUGUAAAACUUAGAGACUUGAUGCAAACUGAACAUGACACAGCUGCAUCCAGUGGACAGUACUGAUCAUUGCAUUUUGUGCAAUUUCACAUUUGGACUGUAGCAGGAGGCAGAUCACCUGAAUUCCUAAUAAGGUGUAGGAUUCUUGAAUCUGCACCAAACCAAGUAUAUUCAAAUUGAUACAACGCUUAAUGGACCGGAUUUGGAUGAAAAUGCAUGACUAACACCAUUCAGGAUCAGUUUUCUACUUUGGGCAUGACUGCCACGGCACUUGAGGUGGCUGAGAUUCCAGCAGAGAUCAAACCAAACUAAUCCACACCAGUGUUUGAACAACCAGCAGCGACAUGACUUCAGUUGCUAUUUUUUUUUAAUUUCAGUGUUUCUUAUUUGUUUGCAUUUUCCUUACUUUAUAGUUCAUUUCUUGAAACAGUUUGAAUCAAAUCCCUGAGCCAGUCUCGCUUCUGGUGCUAAGAUGUAUUAUGGUCAGGGAUGACCAUAAUAAUAAUCAUACUAAAAAAAAAGAGUGCCGCUAUGGUUGUGAAUUUAAUAUGAAAUGGCUGCUGAAACUUGUACAGUAGGUUUCACCUGCGGACCUAAUUGAUGAGCCCUUCUGGAAAUGGAUUUGGAAGUGGAUUUCGAUGAACAGAUAGAUGGCCAGGAUGAGCACUAAACUACAACACAUGAAGGUGUGAGAUCAACCUAUAUGUCAGAAACCUGCAGUCCUAUAGCUCCACUGAUGGGUCAGCCAUCCUCCUAUAGGCUCAGAGACCUGUCAGUCAUCCCAGUGUUGUCCCACACGCUCCUCUACAACUACCUCCAUAUGAGCAAAAACACAGCCUGUCCUAUCUACUAACACACUGUCAUCAGCCUUGAGCCUGUGAAUGUCAGCACAUACACAUGCCUAACCUUAACCUACAAACUAAUCUUUUAAGGUAGUAACCCUUCUGCUAAUCCUCAAAUCUGAUGAUCAUAAUGCAUUCCCUCGACUCUUACCCUAAUCUUAACCCAGUUCUAACACUAACCCUAGAGCCAAGCUUCAACCUUCAAACAGUAAUUUGUCAUCCAUCCAUUUGUGACAUCCAUCCUUUUCAUUGGAACCCAGUUAUAAGUCCAGUUAUAAAUCCAAGACCGAAUUAUAAAUCCAAGACUGAAAUUCAUGAAUGACACUUCUUGAGAGGGAUCACCCUCUUGUUUCUAUGUUUACCACAUGAUACACACUACAUCCAUUGUGUGGUUUGGUGGAUGUGACAAAGAUCCAGCUAAAACAUUAACAUAACCGUUCAAUCGUGCACCCUCUCAUUUUUAGGGGCCUUCACACUAACUUCAGUUAAUUUCCUGGAGGCUUAGCUCAAUCUUGACCAUGCUCAGAACAUACCCCUCUCUAACCCUAACCUUAACAGUGCAAUGUGUAGGCUUUACAGGGAUUUCUUUUGUAGAAAUUGAAUACGUUUUCAUUAGUGUCUGAUGUGUUACCAUAGAAUUAUUCACUUACAUCUACUAUCCCUAAGGUUUCUCUACCCUCUUGAAAAGGUAUGGUGAGGUGAGAUAAUUUGGUUAGAUGCAGUCUGCAUCCUCAUCACCAGAUGCCACACACUGGACCUUUAAACCUACUCAUAUAUUUAGAGUGUGCCCUGGAGCAGUACUAAUUCCAUGUUGCUGGAAAAGGUGCAUCAUUGACAUAAUCCAUCCACUAGACAUUACUGUAACUAAUUAUUACAAAUGAACGCCUAACUCUAGAAAUGGCCUUUCUUCAUAGAUCAGGCCCAUUUCCAAUAACUGGGUUCAUAGCCAUACUCUCAUACAUGACAUCAAAGAGCUGGACUUUGUUUUUCCAAAGCUUUUUAAUGGUACAUCAUUGUGAUUCAGCUACCAACCAGCAGUCCCCACUUUCCUCCCAGCUUUCCUGAACAUGAUUGUGUCACCUAGUGGUCCAUGACUUCCUCUGAUCCCCAAGAUGGGACUUCAGCCCAAAAAGCAGUGGCAACCUGUUCACAAAUCCUGAAUAUACUGAAGUGUGAGGACCCCUGAUUCAAAUUCAAAACAUGCUUAAACAGGAUGUACUAAUACCAACACAAGUAUUAACUUAGCAUCUCCAGAACAAUUUGCGUCUCUAGUUUUAGACAGGGUGUGGUUGCAUAGAUAACAUUGAUGCUCAGAGAUCAAGUUGUUAAGUAUUUAUGUAUGAAUCUCCUUUUAGAGAUACCUCUGAGUGAGUUGUUGCUGAUCUAGUGCUGAAUUAUGAUCUACUUUGUGUGUUUCUGCAACUUAUUACCAAUGGGUGAAACUGCCCCCUACAACCUCUUUUGUGCUUCAUGUCCUGAAGUGAGGAGCAGUCACCCAAUGUCCGGACUAAGUUGGCCACAGCAGAUUCUGAUACUUUGUCUAUAAUAUUAAACUGAUUAACAAUACAAAGCUGUUAUAGUCAAGUUGUGUUUUGUAAAAGACUGUUGGAUUGUCAUUGCUGAUAUUAUUAGGCAAAGGCCAAUGGAGAUAGUUACCUGCCAAAGUAAACACUAGUUAGGUUUGCAAAUAUUAAAAAUCAAAGCACUUUAUUUUACUAAUAUCAAACACAUAGUAAACAAAUAUGCAACAAACUUCUCAUACAUCAUGCUUAGAAACAGAUAUGACAUGACAUAUGUGCACUGUUGAGUUGUACAUGCUCAUUGCAUACAGUAACUGUAUACAGGUAACUGGACAUCGUGGUGACUUGUAAGGCAAACUAUUGCUUGAAAACAAUGCAAAUAGUAAUAAAUUACCUAAAGUCUGCAAUCAUGGUGGAACAAUUGUGCGAAGGGUCAUGCAGAUUUUUCUUUGCAGCAUACUUUUAUACAUUUUACUUAUAAAAUGUGGUUCAGACCAAAGAUUCACAGCGAGCUGAGAAAUUUUAACUGUUGUUUUGAAAUUCUCCCAGCUCAGCUAAAUGCGAUGAGAUAUGCAUCGUCUCAAUAGCAACAACUCUAUACUUGUUGAUUUUCACUAUAGUAUGUAGUUAAUACUACUCGAACUUUGUAGUUUGAGUAGUAUUAACUAAAGCUGCAUUUCUGGUAUUAAAGUAGGGAAGAUUUAAAAAAAGGGUUGAAAAUCUCUUCAUACUAUUCCCAGAGCAGUUCUGUUCUUCAGUAGUUCUGUUGAUUUGACUCAAUUACCAACAACACCAUCAUCUGGUUUGAGUCCAGCUGGCACUGUCAAGGUCACCUCACUGGAACCUUAAAUCUUUGGUCUGAACUAAGUUUAUACAUGCUGCAUUGUAGGGUAUUUGUAAAAUAUAUUUGGCAAGAAAUUGGUUCCAUCAAAGACCACCAGUUCCAACACAACACAAGUUUCAUAAUCCAACAGGGAUCAGACUGAUAACCCUCACAGACCUAUGUGAUUAGUUUUUACUUCCUUUGCUUCAGCUUCAUCUUUCCCCAUCAGAGAUUACGUUUCUAGUGUUAUGAUGUUACAAUAGAGUUUACAUUUUCUUAUGCUAGUGUCUGUAUGCCACUGCUGCUUUUUGGGGUUUUGUCCCAAUGGGUUUAAAGGCCCAGAACUCUCAUUUUGUCAUUAGUAUUUCAGAUUCUAGUCCAGCACUUGUUAGCUGAGAGGUCUGGACUUGAAUUUCCCAAUUAUACCCUGUCAGUACUUCUAAUUACUCUACCUGUCAUGGUUUGACUUGCUCUCCUGUCUAUGUUCUAGGGGUAUAGACACAUUUCUGUCUAUCCUACUGUUCUAGCUUAAGAGUAGGGUUCUGAUCCAUCACGAAGCCCACAGUUGUAGGGCUUUAGUCCUUAUGUCAUCACUACAGUAGGGUUCUAGUCCCUACACUACCUCUACAUAAGGAUUUUAGUCUGGUGGGCCUUGUCUGCUAUUUUGUUAGUACUGAAAGAGUCUGUCAGUACAGAUUCUGUCCUACCAUUUCCGUUAAGAGGGUGCUAACCACUCCCUGCAGUAGUUUGAGUCUUCACUGUACUACUAUCCUUGGGUUUACCACUCGAGUUGGGUCCUACUCAUGUAGUGUCAUCCUGUUCAUACUGCACAUUCAGAGGUGUAAGGAGUAAACUUAAUUUCCCAAUAAUGCAAUAGGGCUCCCGUCCCUGUCUGCCGAAGUCCAUGGGUCCCAUCCCUUAUGUCUGAUGUUUGCACUGAUCCCCGCCCACCCUUCCUAAACCUAAUCUCAAUUCUCCCCAUUAGUGUCUGGCCCAGUGGCCCCCCAUCAGCUUCCUCUUCCUCUUUCCCUUUUCAAUCACAGUCCUGAAACCUACCAUCCCUUUUCUACACUGACAGUCCAUGAAAUGUCUUCCCUUAACACUGGCAGUGGUUUAUAAAAAUGGAGGUUCAACAAUAACAUUGUUUCUAAUGGUGACAGUAUGUCAUACCUGUAAAUGAUGUUUAUCUGUCAUGCCUAGUCAAAUAAUUUUAACAAUAAAAAGAGGGAUUUUUAAAAUGUCUAUAAUAUCUGAAAGUCCCUUCGAUGUGUAGUACUGGUGUUACUGUUGUUGUAGUGUACGUGAUACCCAAUGGGAAUUGUGUUACUUUUUAAGAUAAUAAAAUAACAAUGUUUGGUUA